AACUGGACACAUUCAUUGUAUCUUUCUCUGUCUCAAAAGUACCAAAAACGCGCGCGCGAAAGAGAAAGCUGCUACCUUGCCAUUAUAACUGUAAUAUAUAUUGUACAAGAAAUAUAAAGUUCAUCUCUCAUUUGUGCAAAAGUUGCGAGAAUACCAAGAUGGUAUCACUAAAAAAUGUUUGUGCUGUUUUUGUGAUUUUCGUAGUGACUUUCAUGGAUGAAGUUAAGGCCCUUACUGGUCCAAGCCAUGGGAAAGUCGUCGUUUGUUAUUUAGGAACGUGGUCGGUCUAUAGACCAGGCAGAGGCUCUUUCACCAUUGAGCACCUGGACCCCGCGUUAUGCACCCACAUUGUCUACUCCUUCGCCGGCUUGGACGAAAAAACCGACAGUAUUAAGUCACUAGACCCCUUCCAAGAUUUGGCCGAUGAUUAUGGCAAAGAGGGGUACCAGAAACUGACGCGGCUUAAGCACCGGUACCCCCAUUUGAAAGUCACGCUGGCCAUCGGGGGCUGGAACGAGGGCUCCCUCAAAUACUCAGAACUGGCAAAACACGCGAACAGGCGAAGCAGAUUUGUCUCAAGCGUCGUUGAUUUCCUCAGGAAAUACGACUUUGAUGGCCUUGACUUGGACUGGGAGUUUCCUGGAAAACGCGGCGGCGCCCCUGAAGAUAAACUCAACUUCCUUAUCUUAGUCAAAGAACUCAAAGCCGCGUUCAGCAAAUACAAUCUCCUCCUGACUGCGGCCUUCGGGGCCGGGAAAGACACCAUAGACGCAGCGUACGACGUCAAAGGCCUCUCGCUUUACUUAGACUUCAUCCACAUGAUGUGCUACGACUACCACGGGGCUUGGGACCAGAAAACCGGGGCCAAUGCGCCCCUGCAAAGCUCCGACGUCCUAAACGUCGAAUUCUCGAUCAAUUACAUGCUGAAGCUCGGAGCUCCCGCCAAAAAACUCGUCCUGGGGGUUCCCCUCUACGGCCGCACGUUCCUCCUGCCGGAGCCCUACGACCCGGAGUCCGGGCGCAAACCUAAACUGGGGGCUGUCGCCCGCAACAUAGGGUUCCAAGGGCCGUUCACGCGAGAGAACGGGUUUAUGGGUUACAAUGAGAUUUGCUUGGAGGUGAAGAACAAGUCGCAAAACUGGGCCAAGUUCUGGGACAGCGAGUCGAAAACGCCGUACGCAGUGUCGGGCAAUAAAGUCUUGACUUACGACGACGUGCAGUCGAUCGAAGAGAAAGUUAAAUUUGCGAUUGAGAAGGACUUGGGUGGGAUUAUGGUCUGGUCGAUUGACACCGAUGAUUUUCACGGGGAUUGUGCCGAUGUUGGGGAGGAUGGACAUUUCGAGAACUUCCCCCUGAUGAGGGCUAUUAACAAAGCUAUACCCAAGUCGAUUGAGGACAGGAGGAAUUCUGUUCAAUGGACAGGGGUGAACACCAGCGGGGCUGGAAGUAGCAGUAGUUUGUUGUUUUUGGUUGCUAUGGCCAUUGCGUUAUUUAUAAAAUUCUAAAUUUGUGAUUUUUCCUAGUUUUAAGUUUAUUAUGCAGAAAAUGUACAACUUUCAGCGACAAAUAAAGACAGAUACGUCACCUUGUUAAUA